AUGAACAACCUCAAGAAGUUUGCCGAUUUGGGUGUUCUCGGUGGUGGCAUUCUGGCUGCCGCUGGAGCUGUCGGCAUUGGAUUAACUCAGUGUCUAUAUACAGUCGACGGAGGCCAUCGCGGGAUAAUUUUCAGCCGGAUUGGUGGUGUUCAGGACGACAUAUAUCCUGAGGGCCUACACUUCAGGAUCCCUUGGUUCCAAUAUCCGAUCAUCUACGAUAUACGUUCCAAGCCCCGGAAAAUUACAUCCCCUACCGGAAGCAAGGAUUUGCAAACGGUGAACCUGACUUUGCGUGUACUGUCGCGACCGGAAGUCAACAACCUGCCCAAGAUUUACCGGAAUUUGGGAACGGACUAUGAUGAACGAGUGUUGCCGUCAAUCGUCAACGAGGUUCUUAAAGCCGUCGUGGCUAAGUUUAAUGCCAGUCAGCUUAUCACUCAACGCCAGCAAGUAUCGCUGCUUAUUCGAAAGCAGCUUGUUGAACGUGCACGGGACUUCAAUAUUGUGGUCGAUGACGUGUCUAUCACUGACUUGAGUUUUUCACAAGUCUACUCGGCUGCGGUCGAAGCGAAGCAGAUUGCUUUGCAAGAAGCUCAGCGCGCGCAAUUUCUUGUGGAACGAGCGAAACAAGAGCGCCAGCAAAAGAUUGUCACUGCUGAUGGUGAAGCGCAAGCAGCCAAACUGAUUGGUGACGCUCUGUCCGCCAAUCCCGGUUAUUUGAAGCUACGAAAAAUCAAGGCGGCAACACAGAUUGCUCGCACGGAACAAGUCCAACUACCGUUCGAUGCCGCCGUUGACGAGGAGAUGAAAGUUGAACUCCUGUUCUACAUAUGCAACCUAUUUUCCACAUCUCCUCUCGAGGAGCACUUUGUCUGGUCUGGGGAAAAGCGCAUUGCAAAGGCUAUCCUGUAUGAAAAAGUCCUCUCGGACCGGAUGUCUGAACUAUUUUUCCUGCAUGACAUUCUGACGCCUAUUGAUCCGAGGGAUAUACCGUCCUUAUCUGCGUUUCUAAACGGUUUGCUGUUACACGUGCUAACAAAGAAAACAGACCUGAGCCGAACGGAUGCAGCCUACCUAUCUGAUUACGUGUUACUAUCAUGGUGGAAUCGGUGUUUCCAUUUGCCUACAAGCUAUUGCUUGUUGGCUGCUGCGUUGGAUUCGAACUUUUUGGAUUCACUCGCUCACUUCACUCCAACCGUGUUAUCUCAUCUGGCGCGAUAUCCUGAACACUCAAACUUGGUGACAGUCAAUCUCUUACGGAUUUAUUCGUAUUGUGAAGAAAGAAUGCAAAGUUGUGACACAAACGCCAUCAGCUGCGCCAACCAAGCUGAGGACCCGGCCUCCCGGAUGCUGGGAAUCCAUGCUAAUGCGGCGUUGCACCAACUGGCCGGACAUUACUCCAACUGCCUAAAACAUGCUGAUCAGAUGACCCCUGAGUUCAGAAUCCCCGCGAAUGCGUUGCACUCAAUUCAUGGCACUAUGACCACUCUUUUACAGCGGGUUAUAAGCUGUGGACUAGUUGCCAGUCUACGCCAACGACCGGAUCUACCUCUAUGCCCGAGUUCUGUCAGUCCCCUCUUUCUUGACCGGUUCAAUACAGCCCGUGAUUAUUACGUUACGCGUGCCUGCCGCUCUCUAGCCGUAGGUUUGUCGAACUCAACCUCAUCAGGACUACCUUCCAAGCUCAGCUGUAUUGUGCAUGCCGCUGCCCCGAAACACUUGUUUACAUCGCUUCUGAGCUCUUCACCCUCGUGCCCCACUCAUCCAGCAUCUGGGGAUAAUGUCCCCGCUUCAUUUGAACCACAUCGGAGCUUGAUCUGUUGGUGUAUUGAACAUGGUCUUGGCGUUAAAGAUUACGCGCUGUGGUUUGUUUCGAACAGUGACAUCAAAGAUGUUCAUUUGGCACAAUGUGUUCUUUCUCGUCUACGCCCACACGCUGCUCUACUGGCGGGUGAUGAUAGUUCGUUCUGUCUUGCACUGAUUCAGCGAAUGGAUCGGGUUCGGAAGGUCACAUUACCGGAGCAUGAUUACCUGAAGUUAUUGAGACUAGUUCUGAAGCAUCUCACGGUCAAAUCGAAAUCCCGGUUACUUCAAGACUUACACAGUCCGUCAAAUUCGUCCGGUGCGACUCCACUGCCAAAAUCAAACAACCAUUGGGAGGCGCAGACUCGCAAACUGUUUAAUCGCCUGGUUGUCCAAGAUUCUGGAACUGCUAACACUGUGUCUUCCGGGGCUUCAGAACCCCACAGUUACGAAUCAUAUUCACAGUCAGUUAAUAUUGAGUUUGUUUUGGACUGUGAACUACUCCUGUUGACGCGACCGGUUUGUUUCCUGACCGAACUCAUUCUACUGCCAAUGAGCCGCCGUUGUCUUGCAUCCCAACCUGCAGUUCAUCAGCUGUUGGAAAAGGUUUCCUAUUGUCUGACCGUUCCAAUCGCUGCAGCAAGUGUUGAAAUGAAACCAACUGAGACAGACAUCCCAAUCACAAAAAUGGUACCUUCACUCUUGGAAUCUGUACUACUGCGAGGACUUUCAUCUCAGCAACAACUAAAAGACACAUGUUUGCUGUUCCAUCUGAAAACCAUGGAAGCGGAAGCAGAUGAAGACCCGAUCUGUUUUGAUCCUAUUUUUCCCAUGAGCGAAGAGACUUCCAAACCCUCCGCGCGAUCCGCUUCACAAACGGAAGAACGAUUAGAAGGUUUGGUUGAUCCGAAACAUCCUCUACUCGUAACAAUGCGACUGUUGGUGAAACUGGCCCGUCAGAUCGUUCCGAACUUGUUGGCGCACCUUAAUCUACAGCUUCAGACCGUUCUUCAGAAGCCCGUUCAACCCGUCGAAGCUAUCGACCGUUUCCUUGGAUUUUUGCUCGAUGCCAUUCUUUUUGCAGCCGACGGUUUUUCCGAAUCAAUUUCUCAGGAGAUUGUGGUACAUUUGCUGAAUCUAUUCGAAUUAUUGUUUUUGUCAGAUGCUACCGCUUACACGCAGGUGAACGAACUGGAUCUCCUUGUGGUUGGCGUUGUCAGAACGCUGUUGCGUGACACGUCUGGAAGGGAUAUUUUUGCGACAGCAAGUGAUCGAUUAUGUCGACUCAGGGAAACUCUACGUAGUCACGAAUUUGGCCCACGAAUACUCCGCUUUUGGAUUUUGUGGUUUCCCGUCUUCGACGCGGUUCUGGAUAGAUCCGACUCAGGAUGCCUCGAAGUCCCCGCUUAUAUGAGCAACCUUCCCGGAACAACUGGAGAACUGACGCUGUUAAAUUCCGUAGCGACAAAAUCUUGCGUUCUGCCGAUUGGUCUUAAAUGGCGAUCUGCUAAAUGCUUACGUCAGGAAUCUGCCCUAUUACGGGAUAAUUUGACAAUGAUAAUGGAUGCCCGUCAGAUCGUUCCGAACUUGUUGGCGCACCUUAAUCUACAGCUUCAGACCGUUCUUCAGAAGCCCGUUCAACCCGUCGAAGCUAUCGACCGUUUCCUUGGAUUUUUGCUCGAUGCCAUUCUUUUUGCAGCCGACGGUUUUUCCGAAUCAAUUUCUCAGGAGAUUGUGGUACAUUUGCUGAAUCUAUUCGAAUUAUUGUUUUUGUCAGAUGCUACCGCUUACACGCAGGUGAACGAACUGGAUCUCCUUGUGGUUGGCGUUGUCAGAACGCUGUUGCGUGACACGUCUGGAAGGGAUAUUUUUGCGACAGCAAGUGAUCGAUUAUGUCGACUCAGGGAAACUCUACGUAGUCACGAAUUUGGCCCACGAAUACUCCGCUUUUGGAUUUUGUGGUUUCCCGUCUUCGACGCGGUUCUGGAUAGAUCCGACUCAGGAUGCCUCGAAGUCCCCGCUUAUAUGAGCAACCUUCCCGGAACAACUGGAGAACUGACGCUGUUAAAUUCCGUAGCGACAAAGUUGGGUCUGAAGUUUUCAACAAUGAACUUGGUACCAACUGAGAAACGACGGUGUGUUUCACACAUGUCUCCAGCAACCCUGAGUUUUGCACUCUUGUUGGCUUCAAUGUCUCCUCAGUCUGCUCAACUUGUGACGGAUGCUAUCAUCUCAUCUGUAAAGUCUGAUAGCGACAAUUGGGAACCGGAUCAUUUGCCGAACAAUGUGUUGCUUUUAGCCCUAUUUUUGUUUCUGAGAUCUACCUCCGGUGAUCAACAGCCCAACAGAUGGGGGCGCGUCUUUCACGUUAUUGACCACUUGGUCCGAGCCGGGGUGAUCAUUUUGUCUUUUCAUGCAAGGCAUUUCGAAAGUGGAGAUUCAUCGUCCCCUACUGGCGGCUUUCCAUUGAUGGACUGGAGCAGUUUGCGGGGAAAACUCGAUGUGUUCGCGUUGUAUGCGGACCUGUUCUACUUGUGGUUGGCCGAGCUUCCCCAAUCGACCGUGCUGGAAGACACUCAACGCUCCUGGGAACUGCGUCUUCUCUGCAGCACCAUGAGUUUGCUUACACAGCGCUUGGCAACCUAUUUGGGCCCGAACACGGAUAUAUGCGAUUCUCGGUUUUCCAGGAUCGUGCGAUCUCAAGCGGCUACCGUGUUGCAAAGAUUUGAGCAGCGUUUGGAAAUUGGUUUGCCGAAGCGGCACCAGUCACUCGCUUCAGCUUCGGAAGAUCCAUUCGCAAUCGGGAUUACUGUGGAACACGCGAGUGAGGCGAACUUCGAUGAGGCUGUGGUACCCUCCGGUAAUCAGCCUUGUGAUAGCCCGGCUGGCUCUUGCUGUGUUGAGGACUUCAACUCUACCUAUCGUUGGCCGGAUCCAAAUGACUGUCUGAUUCACUUAGGCGGUU